AUGGCACGCUUCUGCCUCCUUUUCGUCUUUCUGCUCCUCUUCUCCUGGACCCAGGCGUCUGAAUUCGAUAUUGUCUACACCGAGGAGGUCCCUGCCACCUGCUACGGGCUGGACGCACGACUGAACAAAUGGGAAGCUGAAGCCAAAGAGCUGUACAGCACAGGCAUGCAGGCUGUUCUCAACGUGGGCACCAAUCUGGUUGCCCAGAAGUCCUUCACGGCCUUCCUGGGCGUCGAGUUUCACUAUGUCAAUAGCGUUGCGGUGCCUGUGGACCAGAACCUGUUCAAUAAAGUCCAGACUACGAUUUCUCUGGCAAACAACUUCCUCAGCGGCCGUGGAUACCCCCAGAUGCGCGUCAAGCCCCGAGUAUACUGCGGCGACGAGUUCCUGCAGCAGCGCCAGUGGACCGACAUUGCGCUGGACUCGACCGGAGAGAAGGUGAAGCGGCCGGAGAGCGAGCAGGCCAGCACGGGACAGCCCUUCUACAGUAUCGGCGAGGUGUACAGUCAGGUCCCCUGGCUGGCGGGGAGGGUACCCUUCUGGCUGCCCGCCGAGAAGGGAUACAUGUUCACGGAGGCGCCGGAGGGGGGAUCUUUCUGCGAGGGCACGGAAUCAGCGUUCGGGAUAACGUACAUAGGUGUCCCAGGCCAGCAUUACCUGCGUGGCACGCAGCAGCAGAGCGUCACGCCGUUCAUGGACUUCAUCUCGUUGUGUACCGAUGCGUUUGUGGACUCGAGCCAUGUCGACACCCUGGGUCAUUACGGGUACAUCGAUCCUACCUCGGGCGUGGGCCUCGAGUUUAUCCUGCCAGAGAGCGCGACGCUGGUCCAUGAAAUCGCCCAUCUGGUGACGGGCAAUCUGGGCUACGAUCCGAAGGAGCUCAAUCUCGACCCGCUGCGGUUGAUGAUCCGCGAUCAUGGCAGUUCAGCUCUCAGAGACAUGCUCGCUCUCGAUCCCGCCCUCAAGGCCGACAACGCGGAGAGUUACGUCUAUUUUCUGGUCGCCUGGUGGCAAUACUACAAGUACAAAGACAGCGGGAAGCCGGCGGCGGCGUUCUACCCCGGCUUUGCUGUUUCUUGGGAUUAUUGA